GAUUAAAAUGCCUGGUAAAGUUCCAAAUGAGCUUUUGUAUGGAAGAGUUGGAUACUUAUGGGCUUGCUUUUUCUUGAAUAAACAUAUAGGUGAAGGGACAAUCCCUUCAACCCACACAGGUGCAAUAGCAAAGGAAAUCAUCAUGGAUGGACAGAGGCUAUCCAACAGAGGCAGCUGCCCUCUUAUGUAUGAGUGGUAUGGGGAGAAAUAUUGGGGUGCUGCUCAUGGACUGGCAGGGAUUAUGCACAUCCUGAUGGAUGUGGAACUGAAACCGGAUGAGAAGGAAGACAUAAAAGGUACCCUCCACUAUAUGAUUCAAAACCGCUUCCCUAGUGGGAACUACCCCUCGAGUGAGGGCUCCUAUGAUGACCGCUUAAUGCAUUGGUGUCAUGGUGCCCCAGGCGUUGCUCUAACUCUCACCAAGGCCGCUCAGGUCUUCCAAGAAGAGCAGUUUCUGCAGGUGGCUGCAGAGGCUGCCGAGGUGGUAUGGAGCCGAGGCCUGCUAAAGAGAGUGGGAAUUUGUCAUGGUAUCAGUGGGAGCUAUGUGUUCCUUGCGCUGUACAGGCUAACUGGCAAUGUGGUGUACCUAUAUCGGGCUAAAGCUUUUGCUUGCUUUCUUCUAGACAAACUAGACAAAGCUAACAAGCUGAUUGCAGAUGGGCUGAUGCACAGUGGUGACCACCCAUAUUCGCUGUUCGAAGGGCAGGCUGGUAUGGCAUAUCUCUUCCUCGACAUGGUCAGACCCUCUGAAUCAAGGUUUCCAGCUUACGAGCUUUGAAUUUGCAUGUGUUAUGUGAAAACUAGGUUAGGAGGCAAAUGUGCCAUUUUGUGCUUGAGUUGUAAAAAUGGGAAGAAGGAAAAUCUAGCUGUAGCUGACCUUGAGAAUUGGAGGGGGAACUGCUCUUAUCACCAAAUUGCAUGCCAGAUGCUGCCUACUUUGUAUAAUAUACUCAAGGUCAUAGACAUGCCUGUAUGAUAUUUGGAUUUGCGGUUUUUGAUAACUCAACCUUUGUCAGAAGAUAGUGCUAGGAAUCAUUUUGGACUCACGUUUCGUGAUGUGGAAUUGGCGUUCACGUUUCACUAAUGAUUCACCAAAAAUACGUUGCACUUUCUA